AAACUAUUAAAAAUCAAUCAAAUAAAUAAACAAAAAAUAUUUGAAUAAACGAAAAAUAUGACAUGUGAUGGAUGUCCACCAAAAUUUAAUGCUGAAUUUCCUCCAUGUUUUCAAAAAUAUGUAGUCUUCCGAUCACACCGUAAUCCAGGUAAUAUUUCAGAACUACACUAUUUGGCACAUCGAAUAAAACCAAUACUUCUCGAUGGAAUCGAACUGGAUUAUGUCCACAGACUACUAUCAAAUAAAUCAAUAAUAGCCAAUUGGGUUUUGAGUCAUAAUAAGCCUUCUGGAUUUAGAUGUGGUGGUGUAUAUACAACUCAAAUACACGAUAAUAUUAUGCAAACUCCAACCAUUCGAGCCGACAUUAAUCCAACCAAACUAUCCACAAAUAUUGGUUUACUCUACUACCCGUUUCGAUGCUUGCGUCUUGAGACGGAAAUGCAAAGGGCUGCUGAAGACGCACCAUUGCAAACACAAACCUGCAUUGAAUUUUGUUCGAGCGGCUCAACAUUAACAACUAAUUUGUAUGACAUUCGAAGAGAUAGUGGACGUGCAACAUUAUCAUUUCUACGAUCAAUUAACGAUAACUUAGCGUUGGGUGCUGAACUCCUGCUAGAAUGGACGGAUCCCAGAUCGAUGAUGACCGAUACUGCUUUUGCUGGACGAUACAGAAGACAUUCGUAUUCAAUAGCUGCUUCUGUUUCUCGUCAAGGUAUAGAUGUAAGUUAUUGGCAACGCAUACAUCCUCAUGUGCAACUUGCGAGUUUGUGGGCAUGGCAACGUAAAACAGACAAAUCCGUAGGCACCCUCUGUUAUCAAUGGGACUUCAAAGAAGCCCACGUACGAGGCAUGUUCGACUCAAAUCUAUCCGUCGGCUUUAUGUACUCGAGAUAUCUAUCACAUAUACCUCUAAGCAUGGCCUUCAGUUUAUUUAUAAGUCUUCACACAAAUAAAUUUAUUUUUGGUUUAAAACUUAACUUGGAUCCUUGUGGAUUGCAAAGAGGAGAGUGAUGGUGUUUUUUAAAACACAGAAUUACAUGUAUAUUUUUAUUCACACAAUAAUUUUAAAUAAAAUUAUAAAAAAUAUGUCUUG